AUGCCCGACUUCCUGGUGGCUCUUCAAACUAAGUACAGAACCGAGGCGACCCGGGCGCGAGUGGACCAGCAGGACCUAAAACAGUGGGGCCUGACAGGGAUUCAUUUACGCUCUUAUCAACUGGAAGGAGUCAACUGGCUAGCCCAGCGCUUCCAUUGUCAGAAUGGCUGUAUCCUGGGAGAUGAGAUGGGCCUGGGUAAGACCUGCCAGACUAUUGCACUAUUCAUUUACUUGGCUGGAAGAUUAAAUGAUGAAGGACCAUUUCUUAUUCUUUGUCCCUUAUCUGUUUUGAACAACUGGAAAGAAGAGAUGGAGAGAUUUGCUCCAGGUCUUCCCUGUGUGACAUAUACAGGUGACAAGGAAGAGAGAGCUCACCUGCAGCAAGACCUGAAGCAAGAGUCAUAUUUCCAUGUGCUGCUAACUACCUAUGAGGUAUGCUUGAAAGAUGCAUCAUUUCUAAAAUCCUUCCCUUGGAGUGUUCUUGUUGUGGAUGAAGCACACAGGUUGAAAAAUCAAAGCUCCCUGCUGCAUAAAACACUGUCAGAGUUCUCAGUAGUGUUCCGUCUCCUGUUGACUGGAACUCCCAUCCAGAAUAGCCUUCAAGAACUCUACUCCCUCCUCAGUUUUGUGGAGCCUGAUAUUUUUUCCAAGGAAGAGGUGGAAGAUUUUGUUCAACGUUACCAGGAUAUUGAGAAAGAAUCCGAAUCAGCAAGUGAACUGCACACACUUUUACAGCCAUUUCUGCUGAGGCGAGUGAAAGCUGAAGUAGCUACAGAGCUUCCCAAGAAGACUGAAGUAGUGAUAUACCAUGGCAUGUCAGCAUUGCAGAGAAAAUACUACAAGGCCAUUUUGAUGAAAGACCUGGAUGCGUUUGAAAAUGAAAUGGCAAAGAAAGUUAAACUUCAGAACAUCUUGUCCCAGCUUCGAAAGUGUGUGGAUCACCCUUACUUGUUUGAUGGUGUGGAGCCAGAGCCUUUUGAAAUUGGAGACCACCUGAUUGAGGCCAGUGGGAAACUGUACCUGCUGGAUAAGCUGCUGGCAUUUCUGUAUUCCAGGGGCCAUAGAGUUUUACUUUUCUCCCAAAUGACCCAGAUGUUGGAUAUUCUCCAGGACUACAUGGAUUACAGAGGUUACAGCUAUGAGCGUGUGGAUGGUUCUGUGAGAGGAGAAGAGAGACACCUGGCUAUUAAGAGCUUCGGACAGCAGCCCAUUUUUGUUUUUCUCCUGAGCACCAGAGCAGGUGGAGUUGGCAUGAACUUAACUGCAGCAGAUACUGUUAUUUUUGUUGACAGUGAUUUUAAUCCUCAGAAUGACUUGCAAGCAGCUGCCAGGGCUCACCGAAUUGGCCAGAACAAGUCUGUUAAAGUUAUUCGGCUGAUUGCCCGAGACACUGUGGAAGAAAUAAUUUGUAGGAAAGCAGCCUCUAAACUGCAGCUCACCAACAUGAUCAUAGAAGGAGGCCAUUUUACCCUGGGAGCCCAGAGACCUUCGGCCGGCACUGACCUUCAGUUGAGUGAGAUUCUCAAAUUUGGUUUGGAUAAGCUUCUGUCCUCGGAGGGGAGCACCAUUGAUGAAAUAGAUCUGGAGUCUAUCCUGGGAGAAACACAAGAUGGCCAGUGGAUCUCUGAUGCCUUGCCUACAGCAGAAGAAGGAAGCACAGAGCAAGAGGAAGGAAAAAACCACAUGUACUUAUUUGAAGGUAAAGAUUAUUCUAAAGAGCCUAGUAAGGAAGACAGAAAAUCGUUUGAGCAACUGGUGAAUCUUCAAGCAACCCUUUUGGAGAACACUAGUCCCGAGGGCCGGUCACUCCGAACUAAAGGCAAGGCUCUCAUCCCAGGCCUGGUGGAGGGCUCUACCAAAAGGAAGCAGAUCCUGAGUCCAGAAGAGCUAGAGGACAGAAGGAAGAAGAGACAAGAGGCAGCAGCCAAGAGAAAGAGAGUAAUGGAGGAGAAGAAGAGGGAAAAGGAAGAAGCUGAACAUAAGAAAAAGAUGGCCUGGUGGGAGUCCAACAAUUACCAGUCUUUCUGCCUGCCUUUCACGGAGAGCGAGCCAGAGGGUUCUGAGGACGGGGAAGAUGAGAGCUCUGAACUGGAUUACCAAGACCCAGACCUGACCUCCAUCAAAUAUGUUAGUGGCGAUGUCACCCACCCUCAUGCUGGGCCUGAGGAUGCGCUCAUCGUUCACUGCGUAGAUGACUCUGGCCACUGGGGCAGAGGUGGUUUAUUCACAGCUCUUGAAACACGGUCAGCGGAGCCAAGAAAAAUAUAUGAGUUAGCGGGGAAAAUGAAAGACUUGAGUUUGGGAGGUGUCCUUUUAUUUCCUAUUGAUGACAAAGAGUCAAGAAACAAAGGGCAAGAUUUGUUGGCCUUGAUUGUGGCUCAGCACCGUGAUCGCUCCAAUAUCCUGUCUGGCGUUAAGAUGGCAGCCCUAGAAGAGGGCCUGAAGAAGAUAUUUUUAGCAGCAAAGAAAAGGAAAGCAAGUGUCCACCUUCCACGCAUUGGAUAUGCCACAAAAGGUUUUAAUUGGUAUGGUACUGAGCGUCUUAUUCGGAAAUAUUUGGCUGCAAAAGGCAUCCCAACUUACAUAUACUACUUUCCAAGAAGUAAGGCUUCUGUCCAUCAUUCACAAUCUUCUUCCUCAAGACACAUGGUACCUUAA